AUGCCAGUGAGACGGGGCCAUGUAGCGCACCAGAACACGUACCUGGACACCAUUAUCAGAAAAUUCGACGGUCAAAAUCGUAAGUUCCUCAUGGCCAACGCUCAGACGCAGCACUGCGGGAUCAUCUUCUGUAACGAGGGCUUCUGCCAGAUGUUUGGCUUCUCGCGGGCGGAGAUCAUGCAGCAGCCGUGCACCUGCCCCUUCCUGGCGGGGCCGGGGACCAUGAAGAGCGCCCUGGCUCAGCUGGCCCAGGCCCUGCUGGGCUCCGAGGAGCGGCAGGUGGAGAUCCUCUACUACGCCAAGGAAGGUGCCUGCCUGCCCUGCUUGGUGGAUGUGGUGCCUGUGAAGAAUGAGGGAGGCGCGGUCAUCAUGUUCAUUCUCAACUUCCAGGAGCUGCUGGAAAGCCCAAAAAAGAAGGGGGGGUUCCAGAAGAGAAUGACCCAGGGGUGGAUUAGGUAUUGUGCUGCAGGUCAGAGUUGCAGAUUAACAUGGUGGUAUUGUGCUCCAGGUCAGAGUUGCAGAUUGAGGCUGAAGCUGCCCUCUCUGCGGACGAUGGCUCUGCGGAGGCCCUCCCUCUCGAAAGAGCAGUUUGAGGGGGUGGUGGUGGACCUGCUGAAGCCCAACAGUGAGGAGGUGCCGCUCAAGGAGUUCCGCAUCCCGUCCAAGGAGAGCUGCAUGCAGUCUGAGACGGAGGCCUUGAUAGAGCAGGACCGGGACCCCCUGCCUGUGGACCACUCUUCCCCCAAACGGUUCCCCCGCUUCCAGGAGCGGCUGGACCCGCAGGGGCCUCUUCCCGGGGUCAUCCCCCGCAGCCGCUCACAUGACAGUGUCAGGUCACUUCGCCGGGCGUCCUCGCUGGACGACAUCGACGGCAUGAGGGCUGACUGGGGGGGCCGAAACAACAGCUAUCUGAGGCCCAGCCUGCUGAACUCCACAUCGGACUCGGACCUGAUGAAGUAUCGCACGGUCAGCCGCAUCCCGCAGGUCACGCUCCUCCCCCCUCCCUCCCCCACCCACAUCGAGAUCAUCGCCCCCAGCAAGCUCAAGGACCGCACGCACAACGUCACUGAGAAGGUCACACAGGUGCUGUCCCUGGGGGCGGAUGUGCUUCCCGAGUACAAGCUGCAGGCUCCCCGCAUCCACAAGUGGACCAUCCUGCACUACAGCCCCUUCAAGGCGGUGUGGGACUGGAUCAUCCUGCUGCUGGUCCUCUACACGGCCGUGUUCACGCCCUACUCGGCCGCCUUCCUCCUGAACGAGGAAGAGGACGAGCGGCGGCGCACCUGCGGCUACACCUGCAACCCGCUCAACGUGGUGGACCUGGUGGUGGACGUCAUGUUCAUCAUCGACAUCCUCAUCAACUUCCGCACCACCUACGUCAACAGCAACGACGAGGUGGUGAGCCACCCCGGCCGCAUCGCGCAGCACUACUUCAAGGGCUGGUUCCUCAUCGACAUCGUCGCCGCCGUCCCCUUCGACCUGCUCAUCUUCCGCUCGGGCUCCGACGAGCCCCAGACAACCACCCUGAUUGGGCUGCUGAAGACCGCCCGGUUGCUGCGAUUGGUGCGUGUGGCCCGGAAGCUGGACCGCUACUCUGAAUACGGGGCGGCGGUGCUCUUCCUGCUCAUGUGCACAUUCGCGCUCAUCGCCCACUGGCUGGCCUGCAUCUGGUACGCCAUCGGGAACGUGGAGCGCUCUGGGUCCUCCGGCCUGGGCGGCAUGAAGAUCGGCUGGUUGGACAACCUGGCCGACCAGAUCGGCAAGAGCUACAACGACAGCGACAUGGCCUCUGGGCCGUCGGUCAAGGACACGUACGUCACGGCCCUCUACUUCACCUUCAGCAGCUUGACCAGCGUGGGCUUCGGCAACGUGUCGCCCAACACCAACCCCGAGAAGAUCUUCUCCAUCUGCGUCAUGCUUAUCGGCUCCCUCAUGUACGCCAGCAUCUUCGGGAACGUGUCGGCCAUCAUCCAGCGGCUGUACUCGGGCACGGCGCGCUACCACACCCAGAUGCUCCGAGUCAAAGAGUUCAUCCGCUUCCACCAGAUCCCCGGGAGCCUGCGUCAGCGCUUGGAGGAGUACUUCCAGCACGCCUGGUCCUACACCAACGGCAUUGACAUGAACGCAGUCCUGAAGGGGUUCCCAGAGUGCCUGCAGGCCGAUAUUUGCCUGCACCUGAACCGCAGCCUGCUGCAGCACUGCAAGGCUUUCCGGGGAGCCAGCAAGGGCUGCCUGCGCGCCCUGGCCAUGCGCUUUAAGACCACCCACGCGCCCCCCGGAGACACCCUGGUGCACUAUGGAGACGUGCUCACCGCCCUGUACUUCAUCUCCCGCGGCUCCAUCGAAAUUCUGCGCGACGACGUGGUGGUGGCCAUCUUAGGUAAGAACGACAUCUUCGGGGAGCCCAUUAGUCUCUACGCCAGGCCCGGAAAGUCCAACUCGGACGUACGGGCGCUGACCUACUGCGACCUGCACAAAAUCCUGAGGGACGACCUGCUGGAGGUGCUGGACAUGUACCCCGACUUCUCCGACAACUUCUGGAGCAACCUGGAGAUCACCUUCAGCCUGCGAGAUGCAGAUCGGAUUAUGCAGCCCUUCUCCAGCGAGGACUCUGACUGCGGAUACCGCCGGCCCAGGCGGAGGAGAAACUCCCUGCACCGCCGCAACCGGCCCGAUGGGAUGGACAGGGAAGACUCAUACCCUGACCAGGUACCCAACCACCAGGGGGCGGUGCCGCACUGCCAUUGGGAUGAGCUGUGCAGCAGCCCCAGCACCUGCUCCCAGUCCAGCGAGGAGGAGGUGAGCAAGCGGGACCUGCUACCCCCCACCGUGGUCAGCCUGCUGCCCCCCAACAGCGCCCUCGCAGGGAUGGGAGGACCCCCGGACCCAGGUCACGGACAUGCAGCCCCUCUGGGCGUGCCCGGCCUGUACGGGUACUGGCCCGAGCGGCGGCCCUCUCCGGUGCGGGCGGCUCAGCUCCGGGCCCCCUGCCCCCAGGACAGGCCCAGCGAACUGGAGUCCCGCCUGGAGCUGCUGCAGACCCAGCUCAACCGCCUGGAGACGCGGAUGACGGCCGACAUCACGGUGAUCCUGCAGCUGCUCCAGAGCCAGAUGGCCCCGGUGCCUCCCGCCUACAGCAUCGUGUCCCCUGGAGGCCACCCCCCGCACCCCCCUGUGUCAUGUGGCGCCAGGGCGCAGGCACUCCACGGUGUGAACCCUGUUCCGCCCGUACAGAUCAACAGCCUGGCCUCCCCGAUACAGAGCCCAGGCUCUGACCAAUUCAAGCACAAGUCCCGGGACUCUCUGUCUAGUGGUGUCCACCUGACCGUGGCCUCAGACAACACCAUGUCCAUGUCCCCCGAAACGGAGGCCAUCGCCCCCCCCGGCCUGAGCCCCGCCCAGGCCCCCUCCUCCACAGGGUCCCCCGGACUCUGCAGCAGCCAACGGUUCCCCUCACUCCCCGAAAACCUGCAGACCUCUCCCGCUCUGGCCGAGAUCCAGAGGCACGUGUCGGACCCCGUCCUGCCUGGCAGCUAG